GAGGGGGCAGGACUUCCUUGCUGGUUGCUAAGACACUCUUGUUUCGCUCCUUGACAACCCUGGCGGGGGUGCGCUGGCUGCGGCCCCGGCUCCGGCCCCCGCGGGAGCAGUGGCUCCACGAGAUGGAUGUGACUGUCCCCGCGUUACUGGUGAGGAUUUGGGGUCCAGAGCCAUACUGCUGGUGAGUGAUUGAACCAGCAGCAGCGCCCAAGCCUCCCAUCUGCUGGGCCAGCAGGACAGGACCCAGUGGUCCAAGAAGGAGUAGGAAAGAACAACCAGGGAACCUGGUGUGCCAGGUAGGGCACAGAGCAGCACCGUGCCCAUUCCCCUGAAGAUCAGGGCCUGCAGAGGGUCCGCCUUGCUUACCAACAGUCUGGACUGUCAGUGGUGACCUGAACAUUGCCCUUCCUAAGCACAGCUUCUGGGAAGGAAGGCCCGUGUAUGCAGUGGGAGGGAAGGCCCGUGUAUGCAGUGGGAGGGAAGGCCCGUGUAUGUAGUGGGAGGAAAGGCCCAUGUAUGUAGUGGGUACGUGGGGAAACUGCAUUUGCUCACUGCCAGCUCAAGGCUCCAUCCCGCAGGCCUGGCCCACAGUCAGUAUUUGUCUUGAUAACGACAGUGUGGGCUUGCAGCAUCGUACCAGUGUGUUCUUAACCAGGUCCCAGCAUCUCGUGUUGACUCAUCCUCCCGUCUGCAGACUUGCUGGCCAUUUGGAAAAGGGUGCGGAGGAGUUAAGAUGGGGAGGUGUCAGAUUGUUACUGAGACAUUUCUAAUUUGUGAUGUAUGGUUUUGAAGCCAACUCUUUUCUUCUGGUUUUUCCUGUUUUCUACAGCACCCCCUGGGGAAAGACAUUUUCUGCUCCCACCAAGUUGGCAGGGCCUGCUUCCUGACUCUCCUGGGUGUGUCUUAAUUGCCAGUCCCAGCACCUCCUGAGAGCCCCACUCUCUCCUCCAGUGGUCACAGUGGAAGGAUCAUGGGAGAAACAGAAGGGAAGAAAGAUGAGGCUGAUUAUAAGCGACUGCAGACCUUCCCUCUGGUCAGGCACUCGGACAUGCCAGAGGAGAUGCGCGUGGAGACCAUGGAGCUAUGUGUCACAGCCUGUGAGAAAUUCUCCAACAACAACGAGAGCGCCGCCAAGAUGAUCAAAGAGACAAUGGACAAGAAGUUCGGCUCCUCCUGGCACGUGGUGAUCGGCGAGGGCUUUGGGUUUGAGAUCACCCACGAGGUGAAGAACCUCCUCUACCUGUACUUCGGGGGUACCCUGGCUGUGUGCGUCUGGAAGUGCUCCUGACACUCUGUCCCCUGCCCCGUCCCCUGCAGGGCCUUUUCCUGCCACUUAUCUUGGGUGGGGAGCAGCCCUAGGCGGGUCCUGGUUUUUCCAAGGAGAGUUGGGGUCUUUUCUUUUUGUCCUUGUGUACCAGUUUCCUGAGCCUCGCCCAGUGUGUGAACUUGACAUCUCCAUCCCCAGGCUCUCAGCCGUCUCCCUCGGAGUCUCAGGGUGUGGACGGGGCAGCAGGCAUGGGUCUGUGUGGGAAACGUGGGGUGGGGCGGUGUGACAGGGUAGAGGAGGUGGGAGAUGAGAUUUUCCGCACAGGAACGCGCCAGUCCCCAUUUCUCGAGGGCUGCUUUCCCCUUGCAUCCUGGGAGCCCCUGGCCCUGCCAUCCCCAGUACUGACGGGAAGUGUCAGCCAUCCUUAUCAUUAGUGGCCACAUGAAAAUGGCCCCAAGAAGGAGACGAUUCUUUCAAGGGACACAGGCAGCUUCUCUCCUUGUCCUCUGGGGAGGUGCUGACCUACCGCAGAAACCCCUUCCCCAAACUUGACCCCAGGCUGAACAGACCACUGCAUCUCACUGGGCCAGCAGCCCCCCCAGCCCCCAGCCUUGGUAGGGACCAAGCAGCCUUUCCCGUCCCCUCCUCGACCCCUGCAGUUGAGAGCCAGGGGCUGGUGUGUGGGAGCUGCUACCUGGCAGUUUCUCGAGGGGUCACCGAGCCUCUGGUGGGACACCUGGGCAGGAGUGCUCUCACCACCAGGCUGCUUCCGCAGGGCACCCUGGCCUGCCCGCGACUUCGCAUCAGGGACCGCAUGCUGAUUUGUACUGCUCUCUGCUGGGUUUUCUAUGUUCUUUUUGAGUGUGGGAGAAGGGUUUUAGUAGAAGGGUGAAUCGUAUUUUACACAGCGGUCUUAUUUAUAUAAAUGUCUUGGUUUUUACAAUUAAAAUUACCAAAAGCUGA